AUGUUAAAAGCUAGAUUAUAUUUUCUGGAAAGCUUUCAACAGUUCAGCUCAUCAAAUGCUCCAAUGUUCCAGGGUAAAAAACUUCGUGUUAUAACGUUGGAUGCGCUAAAUACGUUAAUUCGUUUAGAGCAAUCACCAGGGCAUACAUAUGCUGCUUUUGCAAAACAUAUCAAUAUUCAGUGCAAUGCCGAUGAAUUAGAUGAAGCAUUUCGACGAAAUUUUAAAAGUUUAUCAAGACGGAAAUUAUGUUAUGGAUUUAGAAAAGAUGGUGAAGUCGCAUGGUGGAUUGAGCUGAUUGGUGAAAGAAGUUCUGAGAUAGAUAAAUUGGCACAUAUGCUUUUUGCUUAUUACGGUUCUGUGGAACCAUGGAGAUUAAUUGACAGUCAGGUUCACGAUCAUUUGAAGGAGUUGCAGGAUCGAAAAAUUCGAUUAGGUAUAAUAUCAAAUUUUGAUAAACGUCUUAGGAAUAUUCUGGAAGGCUUAAAGCUGUCAUCCUAUUUCGAAGUAAUGUUUUUAAGCGGAGAAAUAGGUGUGGAAAAGCCAAAUAAGGAAAUUUUUGAAAAAGCUGCGAAAUACUUUCAAAUUAGUGAAAUGGAGGAAAUGCUUCAUGUGGGUGAUGACGAAGAGAAAGAUUUCAAUGGUGCAAGAAAGGCAGGUGUAAGAGCCGUUUUGUUCAAUCGUGAUGGAGAACAUAUGAACGAUCAUUCAUUGUUAACUUCAACCGGUUCAACUGAAAGCAAUAAAAUGUUAGCAUCGAAUUCGCUGGGUAUCACAAGCUUAUUGACAUUUAUCAUCCUUGUAUUAGCAUGGAUUGUUGGCUUUGCUUCACGAUUAUUUGCAGUUAUUCGAUUUGAAUCUAUUAUCCAUGAAUUCGAUCCAUGGUUUAACUAUCGAUCAACACGCCAUAUGGUUGAACAUGGCUUUUAUGAUUUCUUAAAUUGGUUUGAUGAUCAAUCAUGGUAUCCGCUUGGACGAAUCGUUGGAGGCACAGUUUACCCUGGACUUAUGGUAACCUCAGGAGCAAUACAUUACAUUUUAUCAGUUUUAAAUAUUUCCGUACAUAUCAGAGAUGUUUGUGUUUUUUUGGCUCCAACAUUCAGUGGUCUCACAGCAAUUGCUACAUAUUUUUUAACGAAGGAACUUUGGUCACCAGGUGCUGGUCUGUUUGCAGCAUGCUUUAUCGCUAUUUCACCCGGCUAUACCAGUCGUUCAGUUGCCGGUUCCUAUGAUAAUGAAGGAAUUGCAAUUUUUGCAUUACAGUUCACUUAUUUCUUAUGGGUUCGUUCUGUGAAAACUGGUUCCGUAUUUUGGGCAACAUUAACUGCAUUAUCAUAUUUUUAUAUGGUUUCUGCUUGGGGAGGUUAUGUGUUUAUCAUAAAUUUGAUUCCAUUGCAUGUUCUUACACUCAUAUUAAUUGGCCGAUAUUGUUCUAAGCUUUACAUUGCAUAUACGACUUUCUAUAUUUUGGGACAAAUAAUGGCAAUGCAAAUACCAUUUGUGGGCUUUCAGCCCGUGAAAACUUCCGAACAUAUGGCUGCUGCUGGUAUCUUUGGUUUGCUACAGGUUAUUGCCGCGUUAAAGUAUAUGCAACAUCGAGUUUCAAGGAAAGAAUUCAUGACGUUAUUUUUCGGUGGAGUUUCCUUGGUACUUAUAUUGGGAAUAUCUAUGAUUAUUCUCUUAACAUAUGCUGGCUAUAUAGCACCGUGGUCGGGACGUUUUUAUUCACUGUGGGAUACUGGUUAUGCAAAAAUUCAUAUACCAAUUAUUGCAUCUGUUUCGGAACAUCAGCCCACUACUUGGGUUUCAUUUUUCUUCGAUUUGCAUAUCACAGCUGCAGUUUUUCCAGUUGGUUUAUGGUAUUGUGUUAAAAAUGUUAAUGAUGAACGAGUUUUCGUGAUACUUUAUGCAGUAACGGCUGUUUAUUUUGCUGGUGUAAUGGUUCGCUUAAUGCUUACUCUUACUCCGGUUGUCUGCAUACUUUCUGGAAUAGCUUUUUCGUAUACGUAUGAAAGGUAUCUGAUCGAUGAGGUUGAUCAAUCAAAAAGUGUUAACAACGAAGAAGAAAACAAACAUUUAUACGAUAAGGUUGGAAAAGGGCGGAAAAGUGGUUCAUGGACGAAUCAAGCAGUACCAGAAAGUGGUGAAGUGUCUAUCGGAAUGAAUGCGCGAUCUAUCGUUUCAGUGGUGCUCGUUCUUAUGCUACUAAUGUUUGUCGUGCAUUCUACAUAUGUCACGAGUAAUGCAUAUUCUCAUCCAUCUGUUGUCUUGCAGUCACAUAAUUCUAAAGGGAACCGUGAAAUAAUGGACGAUUUUCGUGAAGCCUAUUAUUGGCUGCGAAAAAAUACGGAAGAGAGUGCUCGUGUAAUGAGUUGGUGGGAUUAUGGCUAUCAAAUAGCUGGAAUGGCAAAUCGUACCACCUUAGUGGACAACAAUACAUGGAAUAACUCGCAUAUAGCUCUAGUUGGAAAAGCGAUGGCAUCGAAUGAGUCAGUAGCGUAUGAAAUCAUGCACGCAUUGGAUGUUGACUAUGUAUUGGUUAUUUUUGGCGGCGUUAUUGGUUAUUCGGGCGAUGAUAUUAAUAAGUUUUUAUGGAUGGUACGAAUAGCUGAAGGUGAACAUCCAAAAGAGAUACAUGAAGCAGAUUAUUUCACGGAGUCGGGUGAUUAUAGUGUUGGAGCAGAUGCUUCAGAAACGAUGUUGAAUUCUGUAAUGUACAAAAUAAGUUAUUAUCGUUUCGGAGAUUUUGAGAUAGGUUAUCGGCAGCAGACAGGUUACGAUCGAACCCGUGGAUAUGUAAUUGGUCGGAAAAAUAUUGUACUGGAGCACUUGGAAGAAGCCUACACAUCACAAAACUGGCUUGUGAGAAUUUACAAAGUACUGAAGCAGAAGAAUAGACCGGAUAAGUCAAAGAAAGGUAUUGUGCAAGGAAAACCAACAGUAGUGAAAGGACAUCGACCAUCGAAACGUGCUUGA